AUGAAUGCUGCAGUCUGUUUCUCUUUUGUACAGACGCAGGCACUUUGCCAUGAUGAUGAGCGCUCUGCCUUGUUGCAAUUCAAAGCUAGUUUCACUAUAGACAAGUCUGCUUCCCAAGAUCCCUUUGCUUUCCCAAAAGUUGCAUCCUGGGGUAGGUUAGCAGGAGAUACUCAAAGGAAUAAUUGUUGUUCAUGGGAUGGUGUUGAAUGCAACGACAACUCUGGCCAUGUUAUUGGGCUUGACCUUGCCAGCAGUUAUCUUCAUGGUUCCAUCAGUUCCAACAGCAGUCUUUUUCAACUUGUUCACCUGCAGAGCCUUGACCUCUCUGAUAAUAACUUCAGCUUCUCUCAAAUUCCAUCCAGGUUAGGCCAUGCUCUUACUAGUCUAACAUAUCUCAACCUUUCAAUGUCUUCAUUUUCUGGCCAAAUUCCUUCAGAAAUGUCAUAUCUAUCCAACCUAUCUACACUUCAUCUGUCAUCAAGUUCCUGGUCUCCUCUCAAACUGCCCAACUUCAGAUGCCUAAUUCAAAAUUUGACCAGCAUAAAACAACUUCAUCUUAGUUCGGUAGAAAUGGACUCCACCGUGCCUAAUACAUUUGUGAAUCUGUCUUCUCUCACAUCUCUCCGUCUUCAGGCAUGUAAACUGAAGGGGCAAUUCCCAGCAGGCAUUUUCAACCUACCAAACUUGCAAGUACUUGAUUUGGCCAAUAACUUUGAUCUAACCGGUUAUUUUCCUGAUGACCUUAACAAGAGCAGCCCCUUGAAGAUAUUGAAUUUGCAGGCAACCGAUUUUUCUGGUCAUAUACCUGCUUCAUUAGGAGACCUUCGUGCCUUAAACUUGUUGAACAUACGAUCCUGUAACUUUUAUCCCUAUGUUCCAUCUUCACUUUCCAACCUCACCCAGCUCAAUUUCCUUGAUCUUUCUUCCUUUUAUGACUAUGCUUAUCUACCAGACAUUUUAACAAUUCAUGCUUUCAGUAACCACGUUUCAGAUUCCUGGUCUUGGUUUCGAAAGCUAACCAAACUUAACCACUUGGCCCUUGAUACUACCCACUUAAAGGGAGAUUUGCCAUGUUCUUUGGCUAAUCUGACUCAACUUUUGGUACUAGACUUGGACCAGAAUGAGAUCACUGGUGAAAUCCCAUGUUGUUUGGCUAAACUGAAACAACUUUCAAAAUUAAGCUUGGGCUACAAUCAAAUAACUGGUCAAAUCCCAUCCUGCCUUGUGCAGUUGACCCAGUUAACUUUGUUAGACAUACGAUUCAACAAUCUGCAAGGAGCAAUUCCCAGGUCACUAUUCAAGCUGAGGAAUCUUAAACAUAUUUACCUCCACUCAAAUGACUUGAGAGGGUCUGUUGUAUUGGAUGAGUUUUCCAAGCUGGAGAAAUUGAGGGGACUUCGUUUGUCGCUCAACAAGUUCUCUGUGCAGAUCAAAACUGGGUUUAAUGCUAUUGCUCCAAAGCUUGAAGUACUAGGUUUGGGUUCAUGCAACAUAAAAGAGUUUCCGGAGUUCUUGAAAUACCCUAAUGUACUGGAGGAUCUAGAUCUAUCUAACAACAAUCUUCAUGGCCAAAUACCAAAAUGGAUGUGGAAUUCAACUAGUGAAACUUUGAGGUUUCUCAACCUCUCUCACAACCACUUAAAUGGAUUUGAAGAAAAUCCGGUCAUUAUUCCAUGGCAUGGGUUAUACUCUUUACAGCUCGACUCUAACAUGUUACAAGGAUCACUGCCCAUUCCAUCGCCAUUGAUAUCAUACUAUUCUGUUUCAAACAAUGAAUACGCAGGAGAAAUUCCAGUGACAUUCUGCAACACAAGGCCACUAUGUAUUCUUGACUUGUCUAACAACAACCUCAAUGGCAAGAUUCCACAAUGUUUUGAGAAUCUCAGAUUUCUUCAGUUACUGAAACUACAGAACAAUUCCUUUCACGGUGAUAUUCCGCAAAUAGGUUUGAAAAGAUGCUUGUGGUUAAGAGGGAUUGACAUGAGUUAUAAUCAGCUACAAGGGAAGCUACCAAGAUCAAUUGGCAAUUGUUCUAAGUUAAUGUUUCUAAAUUUGGGAAAUAAUCAGAUCAGUGAUACUUUCCCGUCUUGGUUAGGAAAGCUUCAAAAAUUGAAAGUUCUCAUGCUGCGGUCUAAUGCAUUUCAUGGUAUCAUUGGGAAGCCUACAAGUACCAAUGAGUUCCCUGAGCUGUCCAUCAUUGAUUUAUCCAGCAAUGAUUUUUCAGGUAUAUUGCCCUCCAACUACAUAGAGAACUGGAAUGCCAUGAAAUCUGUUGAUGCAAACAAGGAAAUAUACGUCCAAUCCAUGUUCUUCUUCGGCACGUAUUUACAAACAUUCUACUAUGAUUACCCGAUUACAGUUUUCAGCAAAGGGGUUGAAUUGAAGUAUAUCAAGACCCCUUAUCUUAUGAGACUCAUAGACCUCUCAAGUAACAGAUUUGUAGGAGAGAUUCCAGGUAUCAUUGGGAACCUAAGAGGGCUUAAUCUGCUUAAUCUUUGCAACAACACUCUCACUGGUCCCAUCCCCUCUUCUUUUGGGAACUUGAUUGCUCUGGAAUCAUUGGAUCUCUCCCAAAAUCAGCUCUCAGGAAAGAUUCCCAUUGAUCUGGCACAACUGACAUUCCUUGCAUACUUUAAUGUAUCCAACAAUCGUCUUUAUGGUCCUAUCCCACAAGGUCAACAGUUUGAUACAUUCCAAGAGGAUAUGUACCAAGGAAACUCAGGUUUGUGUGGAAAACCUUUGUCAAAGAAAUGUAAAAAUUCUGAGAGCUUUGAAGAAGACGAAGACUCUGGGUUUCAAGUUCAGCUUGAUUGGUUUAUGGUUCUGCCAGGAGUUGUUACUGGUCUAAUAGUUGGAGUGAUUGGGGGGAACUUUUGGACAGCCAGGAAGCAUGAGUGGUUUGUGGAUACAUUCAGCAGGAGGAGAAGGCAGGCUGAACGUACACGACUGAGGAGAGAACAGAGACCUUGGUCAUAUUAACCAUAAAUACAAUGCUGCUUUGUGUAUCUAGAUGUUCAAGACCAAUAUUCACGUUGUUGUGCUGUGCCUUGUGUUAUAUUUUCUAAACAGGAUUGUGUGGUUACUAAUAAAAUCUGGUUGAAU